CUCUCUGUUAUGGGGUCAGCAAAAGGUCAACCAUACAGUAAUCAUGUAUUGAGGUAUGCACACACUGUUUCCGUUUCUUUUCAAGUACUUACAGAGACUUAGAAUGCAGAGGUGAUUAACAAAGAUCGAAAUCACCCAGUGAGUCAAAAACUGUUUCUUUUACGCCGAAAACAGCUGAUUCUGGAAAGACAUUAGCUGGAAUACAACGGUGAAUAUUCAUUCACUAGAAAUGUCGCGACUUGUUAGUUUAGUAGAUUGGUAUUGACCUACUUAAGUAAUGUACUUGAAGAAGCAAAAUGUAUGAUUUCGUGCAACCUUUCACCUUUAGUCAGUAUACUGUACUUUAGCAUGCACUGCUAAUCUUAUUCAGUUUUUGUAGAUGCUUUGACCACUGGGUCUUUGUGCCUUUCUGGAGAAUGAUUUUUGUGUAUGUUUAGAUUCCAAUCAAGCUAUGUGUACAGGGCACAGGCUCAGUUUAAGUAGAGUCCAUGAGGAUAUUAGAACGAGUACGUGGUCGAAGAUGAUUGCGAGGUUCCAAAGAUACAGAUUGCCUUUCUUUCUCGAUACUGGUUGUACACACCAGCCAGCAAACUGACUGCUGAGUUUGUGGAAGCAGAUCGGGCACGAUGUAAUAUGAAAAUGCACUGCAAUGCUCGGUAAGCGAUUUCUGAAUGACCAACAUCGUUCAAUUGAUGGAUCAAUGCAACCCAGACUGCCAGAAGCAUUCUUGCUUUAGCAGAAAGACUGAAAUUCGGGUUUUGUGGAGGAUGUGGCCAGAAGCCCAUAAUUGCUUCCUUAAAUUACUCGACCUAUGCAUGCGGAAGUAUGACGUCCUAAGGCCUGCCGAUAAUACGUUAUCCCGCCCGGAUUACUUGUUCUAAUUGAUGUCUUAAUAUUUGGACGUACUCUGCUUGGACAUGUCUGGUGUGUAAAACUUUUGUGUAAAAAUGGACAUCACCACUUUGUCUCCUUCCCCGUGUUUGAGUGUGUCGUGUUUUGUGCUAAGACACAGUCACGACUAAGGGCGAUCGAGGGCGAGUGAGCAGACCACAGCCAUAAUCAUUAGUAGGCCGCUGAAGUAUGACCGGUAGUUGGAAUUGGUCAAAUGUUGGUAUAAAAUGAUUCUUGUCACUUAGAUAUUGUCACCGAGUUCUUGUUCUCCUCUCAAAUUGGGGCUCCCCGUUGUACUCUCACGUGCAUAUAUUCUGGCAACACAACUUUAUCAUUACUCCUGUCUAGCUGAACCGGUACGUCUUGCUCUGCAACUUCAAGCUUUCGUCCGAAGAAAUUCGCUUCUGUUGUUUGAUUUGCUUAGGAAAAUGCAGGGGCUCUUUAAUUGUUCCGGUUUGUCACAUUCUGUUUAGCCCAUAGACGGAACGAAUGCAUUAUUAGCAUUGCUAUGGAGAAAAAUCUAAGAACUCAGCAUAAUCCCGGACUCUCCUUAAAAUAUAAACAUGAAGUUCUUGAUCAGCUAGUACUGUGAUUAAAAUAAUGCUUGCUCAUGCCAUCAAUCAGUAAUGUCAGGCGACGUGCCUGUUCAGGACAUCUGAGUAUGGAUAAUUUAGACCAUUUCAGGCGCCGGCUCUUGGUUAAAAAAUUACCUUGGAUAUGCCUUUAUCUCACUUUCGAUUCCUUCUUUUCGAUCUCAGAAUCUUUCUGUGUAUGCUCAGCCAAAUUUCAAACAUCACCAAACCUUGUCACGGCCUCCUUGUUCCACAAUGCCAAAUAGCCGAACCCGCUUGAGUAUAAAGAUUUUGGCAGAUGCAUUUAUCAAAUCUCCAAGCCACUUCUACUAGCUUCAGUUCUUUCCCAAAAUGGAGCGAGCGGCCAUCUGGGCACUCCUCAUUCCAAUUUCUCUUCUGUUUGCAUCAGCAGCUUCAGAAGCAGAUGACACAAAGCGAUCGUUAGUUCGAUUCAUGGAACAACUCUCACCUGCAGAUAAUGCAAAUAGAAAUGAGAGCUGGGGCUGGAACAUGAAUUCAGACCCCUGCACUCACGGAUGGGUGGGCGUUACUUGCGAUUCGCACACACAGAGUGUACUAAAAGUCAUCCUCGACGAGCUCAAUCUCAUUGGAACAUUCGAUGCUGGUUCUCUCUGCAGUGCAAGAUCGAUUCAAGUCCUAAGCCUCAACAACAACAGUAUAAGUGGAGAAAUAUCUGAAGAGAUUGCGAACUGCAAGCAUCUGACCCACUUAUACUUAAGUGGCAAUCGGUUCACUGGACAACUCCCUAAAAGCAUUCCUCACUUGAGUAACUUAAAGAGGGUCGACAUAUCGAACAAUAACUUCACUGGAGAACUGCCAAGCCUGCAUAAAAUUCCCGUGUUGCUGUCAUUCCUAGCUCAAAACAACCAUCUCAGUGGGAAAAUUCCGGAGUUCGAGUUUGCCAAGAUGGAGGUGUUCAAUGUCUCUGACAAUGAAUUUAGCGGCCAAAUUCCCGACGUAAGGGGCCGUUUUAGUGCAGACAGCUUUUCGAGAAAUCCCAGUUUAUGUGGGCAACCGUUACCGAAUCCAUGUCCCCCGCCCCUUACAUCAAAGGCUGCAUCAAAGAAGUGGUCGACAGAUCGCUUCCUAAUAUACACUGGCUACGCAUUCCUUAGCUCGGUGAUAGGACUCUUCAUCGUUUACAAAAUAGUAAGUAAAAGCAAGUCAAAAGAUGAGAAGACUGAUGAUUUAGAGACGUCUGAAGACGACAUGGACGAUAGUAGCAUCAAGAUGAAUGCCACUUCUGGUGAUGAUUUUAAAACCGGUGAAUAUAGGUCAGAGUACUCGAUGAUUUCUAUGGAUAGUGGAGUGGCACCUGCAUCUCUCGUGAUUCUCAAUAGUUCUUUGGUGAAGGAUUUGAAGUUUGAGGACUUGCUCCAAGCUCCAGCUGAGUUGCUCGGGAGGGGAAGGAACGGGACGCUCUACAAGGUCAUGAUCAACAAUGGCGCCACAUUGGUUGUGAAGAGGAUCAAAGAGAGGGCAAUCUCGAGCGAAGUGUUCGAGAGGAGGAUGCUGAAGAUAGACCAGGCAAAGCAUCCGAAUGUACUAGCGGCAGUGGCAUUUUAUUGCUCAGAGCAAGAGAAGCUCUUGGUGUAUGAGCAUCAAUCCAAUGGCAGCCUCUUCAAACUCCUCCAUGGGUCUAAAGAUGAUAACUUUGACUGGGGAAGCAGACUGAACAUAGCAUCCAGAAUAGCUGAGGCCUUGGCAUUCAUGCACCGGGAACUUCAUGAAGAUGGGAUUGCUCAUGGCAACCUCAAAUCCACAAACAUUUUGUUCGACCAGAACAUGGAUCCGUGCAUCAGUGAGUACGGAAUAAUGGCCACUGAGAACCAAGAACAGCCAGAUCUUUCCCGAAGCGUAAGUUUCACAAAGAUCACACCAGCCCAAGAACGUGAAAGUGAUCAUAUUUUCUUUAGGGAUGACAUAUACAGCCUCGGUGUGAUUCUUCUGGAGCUACUGACAGGAAAAAUGGUCCAAGAUGGGGGAUUCAACUUGGCGACAUGGGUGCACUCGGUGGUUCGGGAGGAAUGGACCGCGGAGGUGUUCGACCGGGCCCUGAUCACGGAAGGUGUCAACGAGGAAAGGAUGGUGAACUUUUUGCAAGUAGCACUGAAGUGCGUUGCGUCCUCUCCGACCAAAAGGCCAAGCACCAAGGAGGUUUCGGCUAUGAUAAACGUGAUCAAGGAGGAGGACGAGAGAUCGAUCGCCUCGGAGUCGAGAUCAUUCAAGUUGUAAAAUGUGAAGGAGCACAUGAUGACUGAUGAGUAAUAAGCAUUUGCUAGAGAAAACUGAUUGUCAAUUCUCACGUCCUUCUGUAUCUGCUUCUGUCACUGCACUUGUUGCUCAACCAUAGGAAAUAUCUAAUUUGAUA